CAGCCCAAGCGGCCUCUCUGACAAACAGCCGUCCAGCCGCAGGGCAGCGUCGGCACCUCGAGUCAGCAGGCUAGCAAAGCCCGCCGGAGCGCGGAGCAAGCCGGCGGACCGAGCGCCUUCCCCGCUGCACCAUGCCGCCGCCGCCGGCGUCCCCCUCGACAGGUCCUCGGCGUCCAUCGACCUGCCGGCAAAGCCGUCGCCCGGAGCAGCAGCAGAGCGCCGGUCCUUCAAGGCGGCGUCGGCGGCGGCAUCAUCCCGCGCCGCCGCUUCCGAUAAGCAGCAGAGGAUGGCGAGGACGUCGGAGCUGCAGGCGCAGCUGAGACUCGUGCAGGAGGACCUGAGGAACGCGAGGGAGCGCCUGGCCUCCGCCGAGAGCGACAGGGCCCGGGUCCUCGAGGACCUGGCGGCGGCCAGGCGGCUCGCCGACGACGCCCGCGGGGCGCUGGAAGAGUCGCUGGCCGCGCGGCGGCGGGCCGAGGAGGCGCUGGAGCUGGAGCGGUUCAAGUCCACGGAGCGCGAGCAGGCGGCCGCCGACCUCGCCCACCGGACGGAGGACGAGUGGCGGCGCAAGUGCGACGGCGUCAAGCGGCGCCACGCCGAGGACGUCGCCUCCCUCAUCGCCGCCACCAGGGAGCUCGACGGCGUCAGGGGCGAGCUGGCGGCCGCGGCGCGGGCCAAGGACGCCGCCCUGGACCAGGCGGGCGAGCUGCAGAGGAUCGCCGACGCCAGCGCCAAGAAGGUGGAGGCCCUGAUUGCGGAAGCGGCCCGCCUCGGCACCGAGCUGGAGACCAGGGAGAGAGACGCCGCGGCGGCCAUCGGGAAGCUCGAGUCCGAGGCCUCCGCGCUGAGAGCGGAGCUCCGGACGGCGAGGGCGGUCGAGGAGAGGCUCGCCGGAGCGGAGGAGCGGGUGGAGGGGCUCAAGGUCGACCUCGCGUACGCCAGGGGCGCCGAGGCGGACGCCGCCCGGUCGGCGCGGGAGUGGAAGAGCAAGGCGGAGUCGCUGGAGGCUCGCCUGGGAGAGGUCUCGCGUCUCAACAGGCGCAACGAGGAGGCGCUCGCGUCGCUGACCAACACCUUCGAGGACUGCACGUCCAUGCUCCAGGAUAAGCAGUCGCAGGUCCUCCAGCUUCAGGGGAAGGUGGCGUCCAUGGAGAAGGAAGCGAGCGAGCGAGCACAGGGAAGGCCACUAGGCGUCUCGACGUCGCGACGAAGGAGGCGUCUGAAUUGCAGGCCGCCAUUGAUAGGCUGAGGUCUGAACACGAGCUUCUACACGAGGCGCAUCGACAGGUUGCUGUCGCGGAGAAGACGGCGAGUGCUCGGGUUGGCGAACUCGCCGAAGACAAGAGCAGGCUGCUCAAGGAGCUUGACGACACCAGGGAUGAGAGGGAUAAGGUGAAGAAGGCUGUGGAGGACCUGGCAGCCGCACUACGCGAAGUCUCAUCGGAGGCAAGAGAGGCCAAGGAGAGAGUCCUCGCAAAACAAGCAGAGCUGGACAGUGCCCAGCUUCAGGUAUCAGAACUGAAGGCGGCGAUGAAGACCGCAGAGGACAGGUACCAGCUGAUGCUUGAUGCGUCGAACCACGAGACGGCCUGCCUCAGGAAAUCGGUUGAGAAAAUGGGCUCGGAGGCCAACAGUUCGAAGGAUGAGUGGAUCUCGAAAGAGGCAGGGUUUGUGGAUAUGCUCAAGAGAUCGGAUGAUGGGAUGAGCUCCAUCCAGACAGAGAUGAGCAGGCUGACGGAGGCUCUGAGAGUUUCAGAGAAGGAAGUGCAGGAGCUCAAGGCAGACAGAACCCAGCUGCUCAGCAUGCUGCAAGAAUUUGAAUCUCAGGCAUUGAACACUAGCUCAAGUGCUGAGGA